AUGACGGUAAAGCUUAUUUUCUUCGGCUUGGCCUUGCUGGCUGCGGCCAUGGUCCGCGCUCCUUCUCCUGCACCCGAGGAAAUCCAAAGCAAGCUGCAUGUCAUGCAGGAAUUCGCCAAGGACGUGUACCCUGACAACCUUGGCAUGCAGAAGAAAGCAGUGAUGACCCUCAACUACAUCUUCCGCGAUGAAUGGGCGAGUAGAAUGUAUCGUUUUAGUCGCAUCAAUGACUUUCUCCGCACUGGAGGUCUCAAGACUGCUCCUCAAUCACGAAACAGCGUCUCCGAGGCCGAAGCAUUCAAUCACCUUCUCCGAGCGCCAGAGUACCACGAACAACCUCGUUACUCCAAACCCGCUUUGGACUUGAUCAUCACAAACAACCUUCGACAGGCCAAGGCGGUGAACAACUUUCACGAUGCAGUCAUCCUCACUCAUCAAAAGCUCCACACUGACCCUCGGACACUCGCUAGGCUGAACCUGGAUGUGCCGCCUGGGCAGACGGACGUGUUUAACAGUCUACGCCGUCCAAAGACUCUGGAAGAACUGCAGUCUGGAGAUACCUGGCCGGGGGCUGGUAGCAGCAGCAGCAGGGCAAGACACACGCGAGUCACCGACCCAGGACAGUUAGGGUACAUCGAUCCCAAAAGCCAUGACUAUCCUUUUGACCUAAUCAACAGAGGUCCUUAUGAUGAUGUUCCCUCUGGGCUUUGA